CUCGUGCGCAUCUGUUUCCAGGGCGACGAGGGCGCCUGCCCGACCCGGGACUUUGUGGUGGGCGCGCUCAUCCUGCGCUCCAUCGGCAUGGACCCGAGCGACAUCUACGCGGUCAUCCAGAUCCCAGGCAGCCGUGAGUUCGACGUGAGCUUCCGCUCGGCGGAGAAGCUGGCCCUCUUCCUCCGCGUCUACGAGGAGAAACGCGAGCAGGAGGACUGCUGGGAGAACUUUGUGGUGCUGGGGCGGAGCAAGUCCAGCUUGAAGACGCUCUUCAUCCUAUUCCGGAACGAGACAGUGGACGUGGAAGACAUCGUCACCUGGCUCAAGCGCCACUGCGACGUGCUGGCCGUGCCCGUGAAAGUGACCGAUAGGUUUGGGAUCUGGACCGGGGAAUACAAGUGUGAGAUCGAGCUGCGCCAGGGGGAGGGUGGGGUCAGGCACCUGCCGGGGGCCUUCUUUCUGGGGGCCGAGAGAGGUUACAGCUGGUACAAGGGUCAGCCCAAGACGUGUUUUAAAUGUGGUUCCCGGACCCACAUGAGCGGCAGCUGCACGCAGGACAGGUGUUUCAGGUGCGGAGAAGAGGGGCACCUGAGCCCUUACUGCCGCAAGGGCAUCGUGUGCAACCUCUGUGGCAAGCGAGGGCAUGCCUUUGCCCAGUGUCCCAAAGCAGUUCACAAUUCCGUGGCAGCUCAGCUCACUGGCGUGGCCGGGCACUGAACAACCCCCUCCCCGCCUGCCUGCCAGAGUGAACACAGCCAGCUUGCCCCUCUUAAGUGCCAAAACUUUUUUUAAAGCAUUUCUUUUUAUCGUGUUUUGAAGGAGAUCUUUAAAAAACCUUCCAGAGACGUGUUUAUGCCUUCUUAAACCGAGUUUACUAUUUCAGCUUGUUCUGAAUUGGUGAUUCUCACCAGUAAGGACUAUCCAGAACAGUAUCAUGCAGAUGCUACCCCUCCCUUUAUAAAGUAUUGGUUUUCUUUUUGUAAUUGCGGGGUUUUUUUGUUUUUGUUUUUUUCCAUGUGCUUUUUACUGCUCCUCUUCCCACACCCUGACUUCUCCCAGGAAUUUCAGCCUCUGGGCUGCUUUGCUGCCUUGUUCAUCUUUUUUUUUUUUUGUAUCGGGGAUCGAACUCAGGUCCUUGCGCUUUCCAGGCAGGCGGCGGCACCACCGAGUUAAAUCCCCAGCCCUGCCUUGUUCAUGUUUAUGCCCAGCUCCAGGUAUGGGGCCUAACACAGGAAUAGGCUCUCUCCAUCAGUGUUUGUUGGAUUGAAAACAUUGUUAACUGUGGCUUUUGUCACAGUGUCUACCUUUUGCAGCCCUUCCCCAUUCCCUUUUAAUUUGCUGCUUCUAAUCUCUGUGGUCUGAGAAUUUGUGAAACCAGUGUUGUUAGAAGUGUUUAUAAUCUGAAUCAAUAAGCUCUGAAUGGUGGCCACGGGCCUCUCUUACGGCAUAAAAUGCCUGGACUUUGUGACAGCUCUUCCCAUGGCCUAGAAGCCAUUUUCGAAAGAAUCAAGGAAUUGGAAGUUUUUUCUUGCUGGAAAGGACCUGAGAGUUGGUUUAAGCCAAUCUUUUGGUUUUCCGAAGAUGAAACAGACCCAGAGUGGUUAAAUACUUGGGUCAAAGUUGCACAGCUGUCUGGAGCCAGAGCUAGCCCAUAGUAGAGUCCCCUGACCCCAAACCCGGUGCUCAUCCCACUACCUCUCACACUUCACGACAAUUUCCUCCAUACUUGAGGGCCCAGAAAGUCUGAUCUCUCUCUCUCCAGUGAUGAACCCAGAGCAAUGACGAUAAGUCAGCUGGGGGAGGGAGCAGAAAGGGGCUCCUGAAUACAGUACUUGGGAGACAGGGAAGGGACCAAGGAACAAACUCCCAGGUGCAUUCAUUGCUCCCUGGUUACCCCACCUAAAGUAAAUGUGCCAGGUCCUUGAGGCCUUCCCUUUCCCCAUUCAUUGCCACCAGUGAGAAAUGGGGGUGUCCCUGAGUAAAGAAACCUACCAAAGGUUUUACAUUUGCACCUUAGCCUCGAUAGCUAGGAACCCUAGAGAAGCAGCUAGCUGGAGCUCAUCUGCAGCCUCUUGACUCUCAGGAUAAUGGUGUUUUUAACCCAGAAUUCAGUUAACUCUCAAAUGUACUUGGGAAUAGGCCAAGCAAGAGGGCAUGGGUCCACUAAGUAUUAUCAAGUAAAGUAGAAAACAAUACACUGCUUUUUCUUUGUUUUUGUCUUUCAUUUGCUAUAUAUUUUGCUAUUUUCUUGUGGCUUAGAAUGUA